GACAACAUAAUAAUUGUGUACUCCUCAGACAAACAAAUCAGCAUGAAUGCCUCCGAAGUAAUAGAAUCAACCACACAUGCAUCUCCGUCACCUGAUGGCCAUUACAUUGCUGGCUUGACACCCAAUCAUCUCUAUGUCUAUUACACGUCAAGUCUGACCAUCGCGUGUUCAUUCCCUCUCGACCACUUGAACACACCUACUACGCGGUCUGUCGAAGCUCCUACACUCCAUUGGACACCAUGUUCGCUAUCCAUCAUCCUCCAGACCAGCAGUUAUGUUUCACUGCACAGUCUAGCGAAUACAUCUAGUAGAGUGAAGAUCGCAAACGGAAGCGCCAGUCUAGGUAGAAUCGCUAGUGUGGAUGUGUUUGGUGAGGAUGUUGUUGUGGUGUGGGAGUUCGGCAGAGUUGGAAUUUUCGAGGUGGGCAGGGGACGAGUUACUGAAAUCGGCGAGUUGAAGACUGGUAUCGGUAGCCUGAGGUCUGCGUGGGGUAUCAGAAGAGUCAAAGGAAAGGCCGAAGUACUUGCCCUGCUGUGCCGCACUUCUGCAACAGAUAUACUGUCUUUGCUUUUGCCUUCUUCGACUACACCUCUGACUACAAUAACCUUGCCGACCAUAGAUGCUCAAUAUUUGGCUUGGAGUCCUUCUGGUAAAUGGAUCAGUAUACUGGACACAUCACUCAGUGCCCCAAACUCCGCAGUACACAUCUAUACUGCAGAUGGCAAUUUCUACCGCAGUUAUCCACCUCAGACCUCUAUACCAGCUGAAGAGACAUAUACAUUGGGCCCUCUCCGUCAAGCAUGGGGACCAAGCAAUCUCGCUCUCGCAAAUGCAGAUGGUAGCAUAACUCUCCUCUCCACCACGACUUUCUCUCCAGUCUGCGUGUUGGACCCGUGGACGAUAGCAGAAGACGACAUCACAGCAGUUUACCGCGAACAAGUGAGCGGCAAAGGCGAUCGUAGCUGGGCCUAUCUAGGCAAUGGCGACGACAGCACAUUUCAACUCCUAACCUCCUACUCUCCAGCUCUGGACAUCAAAUUCGACGUCUCCGGAAAACAUCUCGCUUUCAGAUUAGAGGCUUUCCCAGAAACCGUGAUUAUCUGGAAGAUACCUUCUUCUAACCCCGUAUUUGCUUCUCCCACACAAGACGAGGCAAUCAAUGAGGACCAAUCAGAAACCAACGAACAACAAAACACCCUCUCAAUCCUCCACCACCACACCGCAAUCAGAAAACUCCACUGGCAUCCUACAACCCCCGGUCUCCUCCUCACACACACAGAAGAUAAUCAAAUCUACCUUUUCUCCAAUAACCCGGACACAAACGCCCCUCUCCAAAUAACCCACCCGUUUUCCUCUGCGGCGUCCUCUUCCACAUCUUCAUCACCCUCCAUCAACGAAAUCACAAAUAUCCACUGGACCACCCCUACAACUUUACUACACACAACACGUAAAAGAGGUUGGUGCUUACUCUACCCUUUCGGCUCCGCCCCUGCUUCUUCUUCUUCGCCAGCAAAACCGCAGUUUUCUGCUGGUAUGAUCGGGGUUGAAGAUGUUGGGCAAGUGGGAACAGAAGAUGUUGGUGAGGAUUCUUUGUAUGAUAUUCUCUCUGGAAGAACACCGUUGCCUAAAUUGAGGAUUUCUGAUGAUGUGGAGGGGGAGGUGGACGGAGAAGAGUUGCCGGUGGAUUCGGAGGGGGAAGAGGGGUUGGGGGAUACGUUUAGAGGCAAGAGUACGGCUGGCACGGUGGGGAGUUUUGAGUAUUAGGAGGGGGGAAAGAGAGACACUUGGAGUUUGGUUGUUGUGGAGGGCUGAUGCUGGGAGUGGGUUUUCUUUUUCUCGUUCGUUUGAUGGUUGUCGGUUUGAAAGCUUUUGGGUGCUGUUGUCCGUGAUUGUUGUUUCUGUUUAUCAAUCUCUGGAUGCCAAGUCUUUUGAGCAGGAGUAGUGUAACACCAAGAGAAGAGAAACCAAGUACUGAAGACUUGAUCGUCGACGUCUUCGUCAUAUCAACCUCUGACUAUACACAUUGUACCACCAAUUCUAUACCU